UUUUGGUUGGUUUGUUUGUUAAUUAGCUGUGCAAAAACAGCAUCCCCUUGUACGCAGCUGCCACUACAAUUCCUCCAGAUUGGCCGGAAGCGUUCCUUCUUCUCUCCUAAGUGACAUAAUUAACCAAAGAAGGCGCAGAAAACAAGUGAACAUAUUAGGCCAAAAUGGCCUCAGCUGCUGUUGACCACGUGAUUGGACUAAUAGUGUCUACUGUUCAGAAUGAAGCAACAUUAUCAGUAGGCAUCAACGAUGAGCUUGACGAAAUUAGGAGAGAACUAGUAAGCAUGAAAUCCUUUCUACAUGAUGCUGAGAGAAAGCAAGUCAUGUCAGAAGUAAUGAAGACAUGGGUUGCAGAUGUGAGGGACAUUGCACACCAAAUUGAAGACCUCAUUGAUGAGUACAUGUAUUACGUGUAUCGACAACAAUAUUUCACAAAACUCCAUCGAAUUUUUCGCACUCCAAAAACUCUUUUGGAGACUCGUCAAAUUGCCUCUAAGCUGCAACAGAUCAAUAAAACCAUCAAAGGGAUGGAUGAGAGGAGACAGAGAUAUGGUAUUGAUCGUAUAGAAGGCUCCAAUGACCACUACAAUUUUCCAUUGUACCAAAGGGAUUUAGCACUUUUUAUGAAAGAAGAUGAUGUUGUAGGGUUUGUAGAUGAAAGUCGGUUGUUGAAAACAUGGUUAAUGGAUAAAGAAGAACAUCGAACUCUCAUUUCAAUGGUUGGAAUGGGGGGUGAUGAAACUGUGAAAUCCUAUUUUGAAUGUUGUGCAUGGAUUACUGUCUCUCAGACAUAUACGAGAGAUGAUUUACUCAGAAGUUUAAUCAAAGAAUUCCACCAGUCAAGGAAGGAAGAAGUUCCUGAUGAUUUGGGAACAAAGGACUUUAAAGACCUCGUAGGCAUUCUUAUUGGGUACUUGGAGCAGAAAAAAUACCUAGUUGUCUUGGAUGAUGUGUGGGAUAUAAAUUUAUGGGAGGCAAUAAAGGUAUCACUUCCAAAUAAUCAGUUCGGAAGUCGGAUAAUGCUUACAACUCGAAAAGAAGAUGUGGGAUCUUAUUCUUCUGAUGUUAGAAGUUACAUUCUCACUAUUAAACCGCUGAAGGAGAAAGAAGCUUGGGAUCUCUUUUGCAUGAAAGCAUUCUCAAGUUAUCCUGAUAAAUCUUGUCCAAGAGAACUUGAACCUUUGGCAUUAGAACUGGUGAGAAAAUGUAAAGGCCUACCUCUUGCAGUUGCGGCUUUGGGUGGUCUCAUGUCUUCCAAAAAGUCAAUAACAGAAUGGAGUAGUGUUUGUGACAACUUGAACUGGCAGCUAAAUAAUAAUCAGAUGUUGGAAGUAGUCAAGAGCAUUUUGUUGCUUAGUUUCAGUGACUUGCCAUCCCCACUUAAGCAUUGUUUCCUCUAUUGUUGCCUUUUUCCAGAAGACUAUGAAAUUAGACGUAAAAGGCUCAUUAAACUAUGGAUAGCGGAAGGAUUUGUUCAGCAAGUUGACAGGACUGCACCAAAAGAAGUGGCAGAAAGCUAUCUCAUGGAACUCAUAUUUCGAAGCAUGCUUCAAGUUGUCUCGCCAAAUGAAUUUGCGAGACCAAAACGUUGCAAGAUGCAUGAUCUUUUGCGUGAGAUUGGUCUAUCAAUAUCAGAGAAAGAGAAGUUUGGUGUUGUAUAUGAUGGAAAAGUUGAGAUUGGAGAAUGCGAAUCUCAUCAAGCUCGCCGCUUGUCUAUUCAAACAACUAAAGGGGAUCUUCAAUCAUAUGGUAGUAUGACACAACUUCGUUCACUGUUUGUGUUUGUGAAUGGUUCUGUGUCUUUCUCAGAUAAAUUGCUAUCAAAAUUCAAAUUAUUAAGAGCUCUGGAUUUGGAAAAUGCCGCAAUUGAUAUAUUGCCAGACGUGGUGGGGACUCUAUUCAACUUAAGGUACUUGAACCUGAGAGGGACUCCAGUAGCAGAGCUUCCAAAAUCUGUUGGAAAACUUCGAAACCUUGAGAUGUUGAACAUUCGUAAUACAAAUAUAAAAGAACUUCCGAGUGAAGCAGUUGAGUUGCAGAACUUGCGCCUUCUAAAAAUGUGUAGUGACUGGAUUGGAGACAUCCAUAAUUUUGAAUUUGCCACGGGGGUGAAAGUACCAUUUGAAAUUAGCAAAUUGAGGAAAUUGCAAGCCGUGGCACACAUUAAAGCUGAAGGGGAAAUAGUAAGGCAACUUGGGAAUAUGACCCAGCUAAACAAAAUGGGCAUUGUAAAUUUGAAAGAAGCAGAUGAACAGAACAUGUGCUCUUCAAUCCAGAACUUGAAACUACUAAACUACUUGUGUCUGAUGGUGAAUAAUGAAGCGGAGUUCCUUCGAGUGAAAGCAUUGAAAACACCCCCACCCCAACUUCAGAAGCUUCUUUUGCUUGGAAAACUAGAGAGGGUACCGCAUUGGUUUUGCUCACUUCAAAACCUAACAUAUUUUUGGUUGCAUUGGUCUAGAUUGAGGGAAGAUCCACUCCCUCACAUUGCAGCACUGCCCAAAUUGGGACAGCUUGUUCUAGUUAAUUCCUUUGUUAAAGAAUAUCUACAUUUCUGCAAUGGCUUUGCUAUGCUUAAAAUGUUAUCUUUGGUUAAUUUCCCUCAAUUGACAGGAAUAAAUAUAGAGAAAGGGAUUAUGCCUCAUAUCCAUGAAUUGGUUAUCGAUUCCUGCUUGGCGUUAAAUGCUGUGCCUCAGGGUAUUGAAUUCCUAACCAAUCUUCAAUCUCUGGUUUUGGCAAACUGUUCUUCAAGUCUUAUAGGACGUGUAAAUGAUGUGGAAAGCAAAGAUCGUUCAAAGGUGCAGCACAUCCCAAAUAUCAAGUGUUUUGAGCAUAGAGCAAAAUUUCUACAAAAUUAGCUUCAGGUUGACACUGUUUGAAGGAUUCCGUAUGGGUUUUUUCUUCUCCAAUAAAUUCAGCCCACUACUAAAGAAAGAAUGAGUAUAUUUAUAUUCAUGAAUGUUUCUAGUAUAAUAAAUUAAAUAAAGCAUUGUAUAAUUAGUAGA